UAUCCAACUUGUGUCCCCGUCAUUCGCAAAUAAUCCCCACUAGUUGGAUUUAUUCGGCAUUACAGAAUGGAUUAAUAUGAAUUGUAUGAAAACAAGCUUUAAUAAUUCUCCAUUCUUAACAAAAGUUAUGAAGCUAGUUUAGGUUAAUGCCUUCAUGGCUGAUUACUUAAACUUGAAAAUAUGUGCUUUAGCGUUUAACAAGAACAAGUUAUAGUUCAUUAACACGGAAUAACCCAAGUAUCAAACGCAUGUACAAUCAGUGAAACCAAGGCUCAAUUUAUAAUAAAAAACAUUCUUAUUGCUUCAAUAUUUCGCGAUAAAACACACUUAAUUAAGGUGCUUUUAAGGUGAAACAAUGUGUUUUUGCUUACUUUAAUCCUUGAAAGAUAUGAUCACCUAAAAAGGAAAAAUUAAGGAAAUUUUUGCCUUUCGGACCAUGAUGUCGAUAUGUAGCAACGCCCUUUUGUCUCGGUAACAACAUGAGCGCGGACACUGUGCGGCGGACGCUCCCGUUGGUGAUAUCAAGCGUCGCGUUCGUGGCCUUUAUCGUCGGAAAUGCACUUUUCGUCAACUGCCUGUUACGGGAGACGUCACUAUGGCCUUGGUUUAUGCCGUGUUUGGGCCUCGUGUUGCUGCCGUCCGUCAUCCUGCAGUUGACAUCCGCUGUCAUCCUUCUACUGGACCGCGGCGAGCAUAUGUCUGCGGCGCAAUCCGGUGCGACAGCCGUCAUCCAUAUCCUGCAGCUCGGCUUCCUUUGGCGCCACAUCGCCCUCUGGCGGGAGGUGGAUCCCAGAACGAGGUCGCGUGACGUUACACACUUACACCAUCUUCAGCUACUCUUCACCUUUACCUCCAUAAUUCCUCUUUUCCUCAUCCAAACAUUCAUCGUCAUCGAGCACCAACCAACACACUGGGUUCCCUGGACAGCUCUUGGAAUAUCAUUAUUCAGUGCAAGUGUUUACAUCGCAGAGUUUCGCCAUACUGAUACUGAAAAACACAGCGAUAAUAGCACGUGCUCAGUGACAAAUUGUGUUCUAAGAAUAGUUUGGCGGCUAGGGGAACUUAUCGUCAGGAGCAUAUCUUUGUCUGUGUUCGCUUCGGUAUUCAACUUCUGGAUAUUUCUUAUCCUUGGCCUCCACGCGCUUACGAUGGCCGUCUGUCUAUGUACACCCGUUAUGUACGCGGACCCCGGUGGCUCCCGGAAAUCUCGUUGGAUGCUUGCUGCCACGUGCACGUACAUGUACACGACCGUCUUCGUGAAUGUUCGUUCAACUAAUUCAAGCUUCCGUUACUGUUUCUUCUACGUCAUCAUGACGCUGGAAAAUGCUGCGUUGACGGCUGUGUGGUAUUUUCAUUGGGAUGUUAACUUUGGAAUUAUUAGUAAAAACGCCGUUAUUAUCAUUUCCGGAAGUGCCUUGGUUAUAAGUUUAUGUGCUCUUAUCAUAUACAAAACAUGUGCCAAGAAAGAUGAAGUGCAUCAUCUGUACACGGUAGAUAUGCAUGAUUCGAGCGAAUGUAUCAACUGUAAACUAAGUGUGUGUUCAAAACAUAGCAAAAAGCUACAGCGGCCCUUUAGCGCCGGCUGGGUCACUCAGUAUCAAAAGGCCGCCGCCGACGGAAAUUAUUACAAAAACAUGCUCCAUGAUUCAUAUCUUGACUCCGACGUCGUUUCGUCGGCGGACCUUCUAAAUUCCUCCGGCGAACACUGUCAGAUACGUGAUAUAGACGUUGAAAGCGUAAGACCGCAGACGGUGGCCAUUCAAGGGUCAGGAACGUACACACACAAACGGUUCUUUGACUCGAACUCUAGCAUUGCUAAUUGUAACGACACGGACUCAAUAACAAGCGGAAGUGGCGUCUAUGACGAGGACUGGAGGCGCAAGCCGGACAUCUUUCUGUCGCGUCUGUCAGCCGCCGAUGCCCUCAGUCUUGUGAGCAGCUCGACGCAUCUUCUUACAGACAGUUGGGAUAGUCUUUUGCAACAAAAUACAGCUAUUCACGAAGGCUCUAAGCAUCCGAAAAAAAUAGACAUACUAAAUUCAUUAAUCCGAAAAGAUCUUGAUUCGAGUUUCAUAUCUGACAGUUACACAUCACAUCACACAUUGGACAGCUACCAACUUCCGGUGACGGUUCUGGCGAAAGAACGAAAACAGCGGGUAUGGAAACGCAUGAGGUCGAAAUCGUAUUCCACGGCGUCGGAUUCCACGGACUGUACAAUUUGCGCGUUCAUGCGUCAAAACCCCUCCAGUCCGGAGACCUCACGACGCAUGUCACUGACCGAGGGCUCGGUCACCGAGAGCUCCAAUGUGGGGUCGCGUCACGGUCGGAGGCGCGACCACAGUGCUUACAAACGUGCCAAUAAAACUAAAAGACGCAGUCGCUCUGAGGGCCAUGGUCACACUAGUUCUGAGCGGUCAUAUACUCAUAAAUACGAGAAACAUUCAUCCAGACAAUCACGAAAACAUGCAAUUACUUCUACCUCCGAAUCGUCAGGCCAUUUUUCAAGUUCUGCCUCAGUUAAAAAGUGCAAGAGAACAAAUAUAAAUGCAACAGACCAUACUCAGCAUUCUUCAUUCGCAUUAAACAAUUUAAAUUGUAAAUAUUCUAAGGAAACCAUGCAAUUAUCAGGUUUCUCUGAUCAAAAUCAUAGAAGGCAGCGGUCGGAAGUAGCCAGUGAUUCGGGGGACUCAGCUUUCCCAAGGAACACUCCGGUUUCAGACAUGGUAAACCCCGUCCGCUCUAAGAGAACUUCCGGUGUUCCAUGUGUCGUCAGUACACGAGUUGCCCCCGCGUUCUCGCAUGCUCCGCAUUCUAAAAUAUCAGCAAUAACUAAACUUCCUGAAUCCAUAAAGUCACGGGAGCCUAGAGGUACAGACUUACCGGAAUUGGAUUGCAACCAAGUAUUUCCGGUUUCGCAAGAUUCCGGGGUUUCGUGGACAAAGGCGCUGACCGCAUACUUAGCGGCCACAAACAAUGACAUAGAAGGAACGAGCGAAUCGUCUUGUGAAAUGAUUAUUUAAAAUGAACGUGCUUUCGUGUUAAAACCUAAGAAUUUUAUUUACAUAAUCAAAUCAAAAACUUAAUACAAAACAUUUAAAACAAUGUCGAAUGAUUUAGAAAAAAAGAAACACUGACAUAUUUUAUUACUACUGAGAAAAAGUCAUAACAUAUACCGUAACAAUUAUUAUCAGUUAACAUAUUUUAGUGUUAAGAUAUUUUAUUUUAUUUUAUUUUAAUGGUCAGUAUAGUAAAUUUCGAUAUUAUUUUAUAUUUCCUUAUAGCCACACCCUAUUGAAUUUGACUGUAAUAUUGCGCUAUUUGUUUUAACGAGGAAGUUUUGUUUUAAAAGUUUAUAUCUUUGAAUCGUUACGGGUAUCAUAAAGAUGAUCAAAUCUAUUGUGCCCUUUGUUUGUAUUGUCAACAGAUUUGUGAACAUUGAAUCGGGGGCAACCAUCCUCAUACCAUACACUGUUCGUCACUGCGAAUAUUUUUUUACCCCGAAUACAGGUUUUAUAACACAUAACUUUAA